AUGAUUGACUGGACGGCUAUGCAACUUCGGCCUGAUCCUCCAGUGACAACUAUUGCUGCGUCACGAAUAACAACUCCUGGCGCCGAGUUGCCGCAAUACCUGGAGCUCUAUACGGAGCUUUAUUUUGACCAUUUCCAUCACCGAUGGCCCAUCUUACAUCGCGCCUCUCGUGAAGAGCAAGCAGGUGAGGCAGGAUUAUGCGAACUAUCUAUAGCAAUGAUUGGCGCGUGGAUUUCGGGCACUAGGAAAGCUAUGAAAUAUGCCACCGAGAUACACGCAGUCUUGAUCGAUCAUAUCACGCCCCAAUUGAUGGCCGUGCUCCGUGAAACUGGAUUCUUCAAGCCUGAGACAGCAUGGCACUAUGAGAAAAAGGGCAUUUUCCCACCGUUACGCUGGACAGAACUUGGACAGCGACAGCGAUGCAUACAUAUGUUUUCUACGAAGCAAACCAAUGGCAAGCUUUCCCGAAGAGCUACACUUCCCGUUCCCAUGUACAUUGUCAAGGUGGGACUCAGUGGAUCUUCACGUCUGGGAGGAGCGCCAGCUUGUCGAAUCUGCUCACCGGAACUCGAAGUCAAUGUUCAAUAUUCUACACGAAGACGCCUGGAUCGUCUCCAUAUGAGACUAGACCAAAUCAUGGUUCAAUCCACGGUCAAUUCCGACCAGAAGGAGCCACAUCUAUUAAGACACUACUAUGGCUACGAAGACCACGCCCUACCUGACUGCCAUACGACUGUCGGGACUCGCCUAAGAUGCAUACUUUUUGAUACCUUCAUGCUCUACCACCUCCUCAGUAUGCAUCUCUCCGUCGAUGUUCCCAAACUCACGCAGAUUGUCAAAGAUAGACGACUGAGCACUAUCGAAGAGUCGUCUGAAGCUCAUCGCUUUGCCAGAGAGAAACGAAAGACGUCUAUGAUAGGUUGGGCCCUGACACCCGCAGCUAGAUCUGCGUUGUGUCAAUUCGUCGAUGUCCUUGUGGCACAUCAGACCCUUAUAAAAAGUCCUAAAGCCUCAGUAGAUACAUUCUGCAAAUACCAAGACGGUGCCUUCGACACCGUUGUUGUGGGCGCUGGUCCAGUAGCCGAGUUGACAGCCUGGAGUAUGUCUGGGGAUCAGUUCACGAAGGAAAGGAAAGCCUGGAUCGAGAUGGGGGAGCAGAGCUCGUGCUCUCAACCACGACUUCAGGGUAUAAGGCUGUGCGAUACUAACACAGACUUUUUGGUGGUCUUUUUUCAGGCGUGUUUACCUCACGGAUGGGCGCUUGCCGAUAUCAUCGCACCUGGAAUCAUCAAAAUUUCAACAUAG